GCGCGACGGUCCGCUGUUGCCUUUUCGCAGAAGAAACUCGCGGUUUCGGACAGAAUCGAUAACGUACGCUCGACGAUCCCGCGAAUUUGACGCGGUAAAAUCCAGGCGACCGUUCGCGUUCGCGCUCGUCUUUUACGUGCCUACAUUUCCGCGAGAUUGUUUGUUUUUCUUUCGUACACGCUCACGUCUUGUCAGACUCGUCCUCGUCAUUGUGUCGUCGCGAUUCUCUCUUGCAACGGUGUUCCAAUUUCUCCGUACGAUAGAUUUCUCAAUUUCGUCGUUCUGCAGGUUGAAGGAUCAACGGCGUUUCAUCUAAUAGUCGCGAUUAACUUAAUUACUAGCAAUUUGGAGUAUCCUACGUGUGAAACUCGGUCCGCGGUGCGUUUUAACGAUGAGGCUUUGUAGGCAAAAAGAAUCAGCUCUGACAAGUGGCAUUUCAGAGAAUGUUUUUGUCGAUAUGUACGUGCUCGUUCAAUUAGGCGCAUCAUCGUGAUGCGAGUAAUUACGUUGAGGUACUUUAGGUAAAUUUAUGGAAUAACUAUAAUUAGUUUUAAAGAGAGUUAUAUCCAUAUUUUUCAUUGAUUGUUCUUUCUUGAGUCAUACAUCAUUUAUGCUGAGUGAAAUUAACAAUUAAAUAUGCAUGUUCGCUCCGGUGCUUUAAAUCAAUCCACACGAGAUGCAAAGAACGAACGCGAAAUACAGCAGUUCUAAGGGUGGCUACUCAUCUUCGACCACAUCGUCGGAUAGUCGCUACGAGGGACGUAUGCGCGACUCUCCAAAUGGUAACUCUUACAGUCCAGCCGGCAGCUUGGGAAUGGGCAUGGGGAUGGACCGGGAUAGCCCUCGGAAUUACACAUCCAAGCCUCUUUACAAGAAGGAGAGAGAAAAUAGAGACUAUAAACUAUCCUCCUCUAGGGACAAGUAUUCCGAUUGUGCACGAUCCCCAAAAGACAAGAGAAGCCGUGAAAGCAGGGACUCAGAACACAGAACCAACCACGAUAGGAGUAGUGGAGAGAUUUUACAUCCCAUAAAAUUAUCAUCAAAUUCAUCAAGAGAAUCUUCAUCUCAGAGAAAACCAUCACACAAUUCCUGUCAGGAUAAACGUGGUGAUGAGCGAGGAGGUGCAAUGGAACGUACAGCCAGGUUUGGCGAUUGGUCGGAACACAUGAGUUCAUCGGGAAAGAAGUAUUACUACAAUUGCAAGACGGAAGUUUCUCAGUGGGAAAAACCACGGGAAUGGGUCAGUCGAACAGAUAAUCGUCAACGUCAGUCUAGUGACUACUCCUCUAGGUCAAGUCAUGAUAAACAUUCCAACUCGCGAUCAAAUAGCAGUAGCAGUAUGCGAGAUGGUAAAUCGUCGCGACAAUCUGACAAACGGGAAUACUGGAGCUCAUGUGGCGGGAGCAGUGGUGGCAGCAGCAGAGAUGAUGUUUCUGCGAGAGAGAGGGAACGAGAGAAGGAACGGGAAAGAGAGCGGGAACGCGAACGAGAAAGAGAAUCUUGUAGAGAAGAAGCUGGCGUGGAACGCCAAGCUCAAGAUAUGGAUAUUUCGCCAGGCGAUUCCACACCUACUUCGGAACCUUUGACAUCCUGCGCUCACGAUCCACUGCCACAAGGCCCUGUUCUCUUGGCCACUGCAUUACCUCGGUUAACAUCCCAUCCACCGUCAACGACAUCACAGACGCCUGGAAAACUUAGUUCGCCCACGCAACAGCAAGGAAACAGUAAUGCGCCGGGACCACCGGUGUCACUGGCAAAUCUCCCAAGACUACUGUCGCAAAUCACGGGCAACAAAGAACAACCUGACAUCACGCCACAGAAAGCAUUACAGACAAUUUCAACCAUUUUACUGUCCAGACAACAGUCUACCGGCGGAGACCGAAGUAAUAGUGGAAGUGAUGUGAUGGUUCCGCUAAAAGUUGAUACAAGUGGCAAUAUUACCAGCGAGGGUCCACCUACUCCCACACAUUCAGAAACCCAGGAUUGUGUCGACGCGCGAAAAUUAACGAGUCCUGGGGGGACAAAUUCCGGAGUACAAGGUCUGAGUUCGUUGCAAAGUCUCAGUACAUUAGGUUCUCUUGGGAAUUUGAGUAAUACAGGAGGCUUACAGGCAUUAUCUAGAGUGCAACCUCCCUUAACACCCUCUUUAACACCAUCGCUCGCUAAUCAUUAUCGGGAAGAUUUGACGCAACAUGUGCGUGCCUUUCCCGCUGAUAUUCUCGAAAAACAGGCACAGAAACUUAGUGAGGAAGCACACACGAUGGGCAGUUUACAAUCUACGAGAGUAUCUGCCGAGUUGAAGACGGCACGAUCGAUAGUGAGGCUGACAGAGAUUCAAGCAACGUUGCAGGAACAAAGGAUAUUAUUCCUCCGUCAACAAAUUCAAACGCUCGAGAAGUUAAAAUCCCAAAAUUCCUUCAUGUCUGACGAUUCUUAGUGUAAGAAUCUUUAUAAAAUAAUUAUAAUUACAAUCUAUAAUUAAUUCAAGCAAAAAUAAAACAUGAUUAUUAAUAUUCUCAUUAAUAUUGAAUAAUUAAGAUUGUACCUAAAUUAUAAUAUCGUAAUAGAAGUGAUAUAAUAGCGAAUGAACAUGGGCUCCUCAGAGAGGAUCGGCUGGAUCUAGUAAUCAGCCAAUGAGUCUUAAUAAUUAAUUAUUAACGAAUUUAUUAUUAGCGAAUUCACCUCUCUGAGAAGCACAGCAGGCCUAUCCAAGUCGCAAACACAACUCUAAAUGAAUAGAAAAACGAAUCAAUUUUAUCAGUUCAAUGCAAACUACUGAAUUGUAUAUCUGAAUUGUCCACAUCGUCUUGUAUUUACCUAUGUUAUACGUGUCAAUGUUUCAUAUCCCAGGAUUAAGCGGCAUUUUAACUAGUUGAAACAUUUUCGUUGUAAAUCUCGGAAUAAAAUUCGUGCCACAAGUUUUAAUACAGUUCUUUAUCGCCAUAGUCUCACUUACCUAAUCUCCCGAAUUCUUCGUUGAGAAUCAUUAAAAAAAAAAACUUGCACGCAUUAAAUAAAUUUAUAUUCAAUACGACUGGGAAAUGUAUGUUUUAUAUUCAGAUUUCGUGUUCGAUCUCCAAUCAUUUUAUUACAGGGUUUUCUUGACAUUAUAGAAUGUAUCAUCGCUGAGCAAAUAUUGAUAUAUUGUUACACAUGCUCUCCUAUUUACAUCGUGUAAUUAAAAACUAUAGCAGUGACAAAACUUUUAGAUUAACUUAAAUGGCCACCGUUUAAUUUCUAGUGUGUAAAUAGCUGAAUCAGAGUGAGUACUAUUACUUACAAUGACAAAACUUUAUGCAUGGCGAUUUUCUUGAGUUAGUAAGAAUAAUUAUUGUAUCGAAACUGUGGAUUUAAAAUAAAAAUAUGCAUUUUUUAUAUUAUA